GGCCAAUCGAUCGGUAGUUUUUAAAUGAAUCCUCUCGAAAGCUCGCUUUAAAUCGUAGGCGGCACAAUGGGAAAAGUAAUGUCCUUAGUUGCGCGUCAAACGCAACGGUUCAAUGUCGAAAACCGGGCCCAGAAAGUGAUAUCGCAAGCGAAACCAAAACCGGCGCCAAAGUUUGAGUCAAACCUCCGUGAUCUCGAGCGAGUUCUUAAGGACCAUCCCGAAAUCGUACAGGAACAGAGUAAGAAAGAUAAAACGCUGGACGAAAACUUACGCCAUGUGUACGUGACCUCAAAGGACACAAUGCCUGACAACGUGGCAAACCAGCCGCAGGAUCCAGAAAAGCCACUUCCGAUCAAUCGAACCACCGUCGAGGAGUACGAAUUCGGUCACCUCGAACCGAGGGCGGUAACAAGAGGUCGGUGCACGCUACGGCAAGCGGUACAAUUUAUAGGGAACCACCAAAUGGAUCCAGAGAAGUGGACGGUGGCCAAGAUUGCCGAGUAUUACAACAUGAAGGAACCACUCGUGACGAACAUACUCACCCACUUCAAGUCGUUCGAGGUGCAUUUACCGAACAAAAAUCUCGAACGACAACGGGUGCUCACGCGGGCAGCAGAGACCGCGAAGCAGCUUAAGGAGUAGAGUUUCCGCCGCUUCUGCUCUUCCGGAAGUACACCAAAUGCUAAGCAUCGGUCGGUGCGAGCGGGUCUUAAGAUUUGGUACCUUCUUAAAAAUAUAGACAUUUAUU